CUUUUGUUUCACGGAGGUUCAAUCCUUUCAAUAUACACAUUUUAAGGAGAUGUGGUGUACUUCGAGUUGACACGUUAUGUACGUGUCACCAGUGGAAUAUGUUGCGGUCCAUCGCUGCAUUCGUGAUGUGUAUUUUGUGUAUGCCAAUUGCUUUUUCCAAUAUGUGUGCAUCUUUAGGCUACCUGAACUACAGUAGCUAACUGUCUUGUACAAUUAUCUACACUGUCUGCAUGGUUCAAGUCAGGAUUCACAACUUGCUCGGUGUCUACUUCUAGAGUUCUCCAACACCAAAUGUAAACGGAAAAAUCAACCAGGUAAAGAUGUGGACCAAACUAGUUAUCUGUCGUUCUGAAACAAACAUGGGUGUGACAGCACAAGAAGGAUCCAGAAAGUUCAUCUACACAUUUUACAGGCUUUGACAAUAUAAAGGCUUCUGCACUCAUCUGUGGGAGCUACAGCAUGGGAAUCCUGCGAAUUCUUGUCAGCACUAUGGGUAGGAUCAGUACAUUCAGGUCCUAUCAGUUUGUUCUCCUUCUCGCUGCUGCACUGGCCGUCGUAGCAUUCUACUACUUUGGCUCAGAGAGACACGAUUUCUCAAGCACCACCAAGCGUAUUAAGCAGACCCAGGCCAGCCACAACACCAACCGUAACGAUGCAGACCUUUCCUUGGACACAAAGCUGCUUCAACCUGAAGAAGGGAAGGUGGUGGAGGCGAGGGGUGAGGAAGAGGACAAUGACAAAGGAUGGGCAAGGAGGUCUGACAGUGGUCCCAAGGUCACCCAGUAUUACCAUGCCCUCAUGAUGUUUACCAAAGUAGACAAGAGCCGGGGCCUUCAGGAGAAGUUCAGGGUGGCCAUGUUAUCAAUGGCAAAACACGGCCUCUUCCUGGAUGAAGAGGUUCUGGUCUUUCAUUUUGUAAGCGAUGCUGCCAGUCGAGAGCUCUGUGAGAGGAUGCUCCCGGAGCUGCUCAUCGAUGCAACAUUUCAGUAUGAGGUGGGGUUCCAUGAUGUGGCGGUCCUGACCCAAAAGCUCUUCCCCAUCGUGGAGGCCAUGCAGAAGCACUUCAGUGCUGGCUCCGGAGCCUACUACAGCGACGCCAUCUUCUUCCUGUCUGUGGCCAUGCACCACAUCAUGCCUCAAGAUCUGCAGCGCAUUGUGCAGCUGGACCUGGAUGUGAAGUACCGGAGCAACAUCAGAGAGCUGUUCCUUCAGUUUGAGCGCUUCCCUCCUGGAGCUGUGAUCGGCAUCGCCCGGGAAAUGCAGCCGGUGUACAGACACACGUUUUGGCAGUACCGCAAGGAGAACCCCCAGUCCCACGUUGGUGAUCCUCCUCCAGAUGGCCUGCCGGGCUUCAACAGUGGCGUGAUGCUGCUGAACCUGCAGGCCAUGAGGACCUCUGCCCUCUACAACCAGCUCCUGGAGCCCAGUAAUGUGGCCCAGCUUGCGGACCAGUACCACUUCAGGGGCCACCUGGGCGACCAGGACUUCUUCACCAUGAUUGGCAUGGAGCACCCGGGGCUAUUCUAUGAGCUGGCCUGCGGCUGGAACCGGCAGCUUUGCACCUGGUGGAGGGAGCAUGGAUAUGGGGACGUCUUCCAGCUGUACUACCACUGUGAAGGGCCUGUACAUAUAUACCAUGGAAACUGUAACACGCCUAUACCUGACGAUUGAGUUGGGACCUUGUAAGGUGUUUCCUUAAACUCUGGGUGUGGACCUUCUGAUAGGUUGUCUCAACAUAUUGGCAUCUGCAGAUUAAUAUAUUGUCUUGUGCAACCCAACCGGUUCACAACCAUCUGCGAAAAAUGACUUUUGUUUUUACCAAAAAGAACUACCGAUCUCACUCCUGCCCCCUGCUGGACAGGUGUGCAAUACAGACAGCAGAAGACAUCUUGUCACCACGUUAAUGUCAUGUAGGUAGCUUGUGAUGAUAAAGGGAUCUUGCUGGUGAAAAUGGCCCAUUGGCUGAGUGCCAUAAUUCUCAGUUCAGCUAUUGGGGACAUGAAACAUUCCUGACACCAUUUUAAUUGCAGGACAUAAGAGAAUUGAAAGCGUGCUUAAGAGAGAGAAGACAGUUACUAACAAAAUGGCUCUGCAUAGAAUAUUCCAGGCGAACUGUAAAUCAUAAACUAUAAGUCGUAAUAUAUGAGAAAACAAGCUGUUCAGUGUGAGGGAAAGUAUUGGGUCAUUCACACAAAACAAAAGUCAUAGUUCAGUUCAAUUUUGUUCCCCAAAAUGUCCUCUUCAAUCACUGAGAUCAGGAUUUGUGCUUAUGAGACCAAUAAUGUCCAAUAAAUAUUAUAGUUGAAUGUAAAAUAGUAAAUUAGUUUGUCAUUGUUAUGUUUCAUGGACAAUCUAUAGCAACAUUUUGUUUUUCUGAAUUAACAAAUCAUAGAAACACAGUUAGGCAAAGAGAAAUUCGAAUGAAAAUGUACAAAACUCUAGGUGCAAUAACAUGUAUUUAUAAUAUGUCACUUUACCCAAAAAAACUGACAUAUUUCUCAGACUGACAGUUGAUAUUUGCUGUGACAUCAUGGCUGUGUGAAAUCUGCUACAGCCAUGGUGAAACUGUUUUUCACAGUGAUCACCAAUGUGUGUUGAAUGUCUCCAUUCACUUCCCUCUCAUCACACUCUUAGACUUGAGGCAAAGAAAGGAUUAAUAAUCAGUGCCCAUCUACUCCUGCCCUGCCCACAUUCUCUGGGGGCUAUUCAUUUAUAAAACUGCACUCUUUUGGCAGGCAGAGUGGGCGGUCAGUCCUCUGGCACCCACUGGGACCCCUCGCUGAGUCCCUAAUGGAGAGAGAAGAGGGCUAGGGGAUGAACAUGGUGGCGGGGCGGGGCGGGGCGGAGCGGGUGGAAGGACGAAGGAGAGGGAUGACGAGGGAUGAGGAGGGCUGAUACGAUGUGGCUACAGAGGCUCUCACGCACUUACAGAUUGUUGUGUGGGAUGCAGUUGUUGACGUGACUCUACAUACUGGCCUGGUUCUGUGUCGGUGUCUGUUUUUUGGAAGCUGACGUUAACACAUUCUACUAAGCACGCACGCACACACACACACACACACACAUUACAGUGCAAAACAUUUAUGGGAGCUAAGAGGAAAAAGAUUGGAUACACAAACAACACGUCUGUUCAGUAUUACACUGGUUGUCUGUUAAUGUUACACAGAUAGUCUGACAAUAUUGUACAGAUGUCUGUUGAAUGUGUCCAUUAACUAGGCCAUAGGUGUGGUAAUGUUCCACUUUGUGAUCAAGACGAUCAUCAGCUUUCAUUGAUCCAUUCAUAUUUCCAGUGUGAUUAAAUAAUGAAUGUAAUGGCAUGCUGAUGAGGUUACUCUUAUCGGAUGUGGUCUAUUAACCAUCUCAUUUGUGUAUUCCUUGGUAGCCUAUAGAGGAAACUUGUUGAACUCUGCAGUCAGCCUGUGGGGAGAAGGGAAUUCUACUGGUCUGACUGUUGUGUUGCCUCCAGCAAGGACAGGACACUCUAGACCAGAGGUCUGGAACCGGUUCCACGGAGGGCCGAGUGUCUGCAAGUUCUCUCUCUCACCUUGUACUUAAUUGACUAAUUAGGUCACUA